AAAAACCAUUUUCAUUUUCAAUGAUACCUUCCUUUCUUCGAAACUGGGGCUCUUUAACUGUGUAAACUUGCUAUGGGCCAAGAAACUUGGUAUCUUGCUAUUAUAAGUUACCGGUCAUCUUCUGCAAAGGAGCGGCAACGUGGCAAAAGGAGAGAAGGAGUUCCUGCAUCUAUUAAUUGUGGAUUGCUAGAACAUCAAAGAGAGGGAGUAAAGUUUUUAUACGACCUAUACAAAAUAGACCAUGGUGGCAUUCUUGGGGAUGAUCUGGGACUAGGCAAGACAAUUCAGACCAUAGCAUUUCUUGCUGCAGUCUUUGAAAAAGAUGGUGAAUUUGGUCACUCCAUAAUGUUGAAAGAAAAACAACUUGACAAGAAGGGCCCUGUGUUAAUUGUCUGCCCCUUUUCUGUCAUCCACAAUUGGGAAUGUGAAUUCUCUAGAUGGUCAAGCUUUAUUGUUUCUACUUACCAUGGUUCAAAUGGUGAUUUGAUUUUUGAGAAGCUACAAGCCAAUGGAGUUGAGGCACACCGUCUAAAGAAUGAAAAGUCAAAACUCUAUACAGCAUUUUUGGAUAUUAAGACUCGUAAAAGUGUUGGUUUCACGGGAACUGUUAUGCAGAACAAAAUCAUGGAACCGUUCAACCUCUUUGACUGGGUUGUUCCUGGAUUCUUAGGAACAUGUGAACAUUUUCAUGAGUUUUAUGAUGAACCCCUCAAGCGAGGCCAGAGGUCAACUGCUCCUGAAAAAGGAUUUGUGCAGGUUGCUGAUAAACGGAAACAGAACCUUGUAUCCAUUCUUCAUAAAUAUAUGCUGAGAAGGACAAAAGAGGAGACUAUUGGGCAUCUUAUGAUGGGAAAAGAAGAUAAUGUAUUCUUUUGUGCUAUGAGUGAAUUGCAAAAACGGGUGUAUAGGAGAGUGUUGCAGCUGCCAGAUGUCCAGUGUCUUAUAAAUAAGGACGUUCCUUGUAGCUGUGGAAGCCUUCUUACCCAAGUGGAAUUUUGUAAGAGGAUCAUACCAAAUGGGAUUAUCUGGCCAUAGCUUCACAGGGAUAACCCAGAUGGUUAUGAUUCACGCACGUUCUGUCUUGGCCUUCCUUGCCUUGUCAAGCUCUAACAGGUUAAUGAGUUCCCCCAUUUUAUUUUAUUUUUUUUUAUUUUUUUUUAUUUUGCUACGUACGUCUAGGAACUGGAGCAUUUAUGCAUUCUGAAAAUGUUACCUUUAAAUUGUUUCUAAUCUAUAGAGAACUUGCAUCAAAUCUAGAGGCAAAUAUCUGCUUAUAUGGAUAGAUUUUAACAGUUGGAAUUAUAGUCAACACCACGAGGUAUGAAAGACUGGCUGUGAAAUAAUAAAAUAUUAAAUCAAUU